AUUCGGCUUACGCAGGAGUGUGCUUGGCGCUCGACACCACCCUGCCUGCAAUCGACGCGCGAGUAUAAUCAAAGCGACGACCGCCGAACAUUUUGCACCCGCGCGCGAUAGCUGCUUUUUGUACCCGCCGUGAGGAGUCGUUCGACAUCGACCUAACCUGUGAUAUUGUAAAUUGUAUAUAUCCAAUUCGCACAGACUACUCAGAAGAUAUAUAUACAGAUAUAUGUAUAAUAUCUCCCAUACUAAUAGCGCGUGUGUGAGUGAAAGAAAGAGAGAGAAAGAUAGAGAGGCAACGAGGACAUUUGUGUGUGCAGAGUUGCAUGGCCAAGUGUUUUUUGAUUAAAGUGUCGUUGAAUAGCGAUUACAGGACAGAGACGAGAGCAUGUUAAGAUUUAAGAUUAAAUAAAAUUGGCUUGAUAAAAAAUGGAAAAUACAGCAACUGUGAUUGCCCAAUGUAAAGAAAAUAUUCAACCCUUAAGACAUGGAAGAAAUGUUAGUCAACUUGGCACUGCUCUUCGUGCACAAGAUGACGUUGAGGCACAGCAACUUAUUCAACAAGAAAAACAGGCGUUUGAAGAUUCAAUAAAAAAUUACGAAGGAGAUGAUCCUCUUGAAAAUUGGUUUGAUUAUAUAUCAUGGGUAGAACAAAGUUUUCCAAAAAGUGGACACGAAUCUCCGCUAGCAAAACUACUGCAACAGUGCCUAACAACUUUUGAAAAAGAUAAGAGAUACCAUCAAGAUCGAAGGUUUAUACGAUUAUGGAUCAAUUAUAUAAGUGUACAAAAAAACCCCUUAGAGUUAUAUCAAUUGCUAUAUACCAAUGGAAUUGGAACAAUGAUUGCUGAUCUUUAUCGUGCUUGGGCAUUUGAAUUAGAACAAAAUGAAGAUUACAAAAGAGCUGACGAAGUGUACAUGAUGGGUAUAAAUUGCAGGGCAGAGCCAAGAGACGAGUUGGACCAUGCUCAUAAGAAUUUUCAAUUGGCUGUAGCAAGAAAAACACUUGGGCAUAUGGAUGAUCGAAGUGAAGUUUCUGUUACAGAACAACGACAAGCUUUUAGUUCCUUAAAAGCAAUUAGAGCUGGCAAAAAAGUUAGUAGUGUACGAACUGGUCAUAGAGUGCGUGAUUAUAUGCCUGGUGCAAUCCCACAACAAAUGAAUUCCAAUGGACCUCAAAAACCAAAUGCAGGAAUUCAAAUUUAUCAAGAUGAUGCACCAGCCAGUUUGAAGGGUUCUAGUAUUUUAGAUCACGUUCCAAUCGAUGAUGCUGUGCAUAAGGAGAAUACCAUAAAACCAGGACCAUGGAACAAUUCUGCUAGAAAAUGUCCAUUAAUGACUUCAGCUGUAAAGCCAUCUUUCAAAGUUCAUGAAGAUAACGAAAUCCAAGACAUGGAGAAAUUGAGACUGUAUCCAAAUCAUGUAGUUUUUUUUGAUGGUAGAAAGUACUAUGAUCAGUACAUGCAGGUACCCGUGUAUGUCCCAGAUGUGCCUAAUCCAAAUAUUGUGUCAAAACCUCAUUAUCCCAAAGAUUUAGUUUAUGCCAAUAAUGUGGAUUUGAGUUUAGAGCAGAUAAGAGCUCAAAAAUAUCUUCAAAGCCGAGCUAUGAAAGAUCCGGAGCAAGCAAUGGAUCACCAAGACAUUGAAAAAUCAGAUCAUCAGGCGAAGUUGCAAUUACAGCAAAAACGAGAAAUGGAAGAAUUCGAGAGACAAAGAUUGCAAAGACAACGAGAAAGUGAACUGGAAAGGCAGAGACUUUUAGAAGAAGAGCAAAGAAGAAGUGAAGAAAUGCAAAGACUGCAGCAGCAAAAAGAAGCUGAACUUGAAAGACAAAGACGAUUAGAGCAACAGCAAAGGGAAGCUGAAUUAGAACGUCAACGUUUAUUAGAAAGACAAAGGGAAGCUGAGAUGGAACAAAAAAGGAUGAUGGAACAGCAACAGAGAGAAGAGCAAGAAAGACAAAGAAAACUUGAACAGAUGAUGGAACAACAAAGACAACAACAGCAACAAAGUAUGCACUCAUCAAGUUUUUUAAGUCAGUAUCAUUCAGGAGGUGAGAAUGAGUUACUUAGCCAAAGUAUGACAGUUAACACUAAGGAGGCCGUAAGUGUUAUGCAAGAUUUUUGGCAAUCGCCAAGCGGCCGAAUAAUGCCUAGUCCAGUCAUGCAACGCAUGAACUCCGAAUCGCGUAAACUUGCGUUCAACAUUCACAUGGAUAGUUCGAUGACACAAAAUGUUAUGUCCAGCAAUAAGCUUCAGCAUCAACAUCAACAGCAGCCAAAUUUUCCUAAUGUACAACCAUACAAUAACCAAGAGAAUCAUCACUAUCAUAAUUCUUUUUCCAACCACGAGCAUCAAAAUUCUUCUUACGGAAGCCACUCACUUACUCAAAAUCCUUAUCAUUACUCAAUGCAGCAACACAUGCAACAGCAGCAACAACAACAUCAUUCUCAUCACGUUUCGCCAUCGUCUUCGCAUCAAAUGAUGCAACCUCAACCACAUCAACCUCAACAGCCCCCACAGCAUCACCAAAUGCCUCAUCAUCUUCACGAGGCGCCACCGCACGCGAUGCAUCAUCAACACCAAUCACCAGUACAAUCCCAUUAUCCUCAUCAUUACCCUCCGGCUGUACAACCAAUGCCUCCUUCUCAUCAUGGGAUAUCCCAUAUGCAACAUGUAAAUACCUCUCAAGCAAUGAAUACUUCUCAGAAUGCAAAUACUUCUCCGAAUAUGAAUGCUUCUCAGAAUAUAAAUACAUCUCAACACAUGAAUACACCUCAGCAUGUAACUCCACCUCAACAUGUGACUCCAUCUCAGCUUAUGAGUCCACCUCAGCAUAUGGGCACAUCUCAGCAUAUGAGUACACCUCAGCAUAUAAAUACACCUUCACAUGUGAGUGUUUCUCAACAUAUGAAUUCAUCUCCACAUGUGAAUGUUUCUCAACAAAUGAAUUCAUCUCCACAUGUGAGUGUGUCUCAACAUUUGAAUUCAUCACAGAAUAUAAAUAAUUCACACAUGAAUUCUCACCAUCUAAAUUCAUUGCAACAUAUGAAUACUUCUCAUAUGAGUACACAGUCUUUGAGCACCUCACAAAAUUUGAAUACAUCUCAGCAUAUGAACACAUCGCAUCUAAUGGGUAAUUCUAUGGGUAUAAAUACGUCGCAGCAAAUGAUGCACUCACCGCAUCACCCUCACAUGCCUCAUCAACAUACUCAACAAGCAGUGCUGCAGUCCCCUCAUCACCAACAUCAACAGCAUGUUCAGCCACAACAUCACAUGUAUAAUAGCCCUGUGCCAAAUAAUAUGAACUAUGCUCAGCCUUAUGCAUCACCGAUGCAACCACCUUACCCAAGUCAUGAUCAAGCUAAGCAAGUUCAAUAUCCAGGCUAUCCAGAACAGCAGCAUCCUCAAGAACAAAAACCUCCAUCAUACCGUAUGCCACUCGAAUUACCGCACAUAAAAUCUCCGGGUAUGAACCGUCGAGACAUCGAGUACCUAGAGAAUGCCGAUAACAAAGAAAAUAAUGCAACAGUUGGUCUGGAAGAUAGUUCGAUAAAACAACAGCCUCCUCAAACUGACGAAAAUAAUUUAUAUACUGAUGAAAGUCUGGGCAUCGCGCCACUGCCAGGUGUUAACGAGACGUGUUACACCGAAACAUUCAAUAGACCACUUAUUGCAUCGACUCCGAUGACACACAACUUUAAGACUUACAAAUCGCCAAGAGAUAUGCCGCCACAACACCAUCCUCAUCAACAGCUGCAUCAUCAGCAAGCAGUGCAACAGUAUCAUCAUCAACAACAUCAGCAACAACACCAGCCGCAGCAUGCACUUCCUCAACAUCAGCAACACUACUACGAUAGCCAACCUGUUGCACCGCAGCCACCACUCCCACCGCCAGCUCAAGCAAUGCCACCACCGCAACUGGGGGAAAAAUUAAGCGUUAUUAUGGAAACUACUAGAGAAUACGUUUCCAAUAGUUCAACAAGCAGUGGUACUCCUAGCGUUGGGUCAACCAUAAAAGAACAACCAAUUGAUUCUAUGCAUUAUCGAGAUGCGUAUGGAAACCAGCAAUUGCAGCAGCAAGAGCAGCAGCAACAACAACAACAACAGCAACAACAACAACAACAGAAAUCCCAAAUACCUAUUAAGAAAAUACGUGCUCAAAUAAAAACUAAUGACGUUCAGAGUCCACGAACGAUUCAACGUGGAGUUGAGCAAAUUACUAGUGAUAUCAAAAACAACUGCGAUUUACGUAAAUCGAUUAGUUUUAAUUCGCCCGAAACUGCCAUGGAUUGCGAAUAUCAAGAGCCAAUGGAACAAGAAAGUAAAAUUGAAGAACCAGAAAAAGAAGAACCUCCUUUCGAAAUGCCUACGGGCGAUUUUAAUCCUUUCGACAAAACAUUGAUAAAUGGAUUAUUAAGAAUGAUCAAAUUUCCAAAAGAGCAGCACAGUGAUGGCUAUGUCAAGUUGACGACUAAUCUUAUAAAAUUCGUUCCCUCUGCUACAAUAAGUCUCGGAAAUGACAUGUAUGAUUUGGAUAAGUGCCUUGGCAAAGGAACGUAUGGUACGGUGUUUAAAGCAACCGACUUACAAACACGUAAAGUUGUUGCGCUGAAGACUCAAAAACCAGCUUGGGUAUGGGAAUAUUAUAUUGCCAGAGAAAUAAAGUCACGUCUAAAGAAUCCUCAUAUGUUGCGAGGCUUUAUGGAUGUAAGACAUGCAUACGUAGCAGAAAAUGGAAGUGUCUUAGUAACUGAAUUUUCAAAAUAUGGUACACUGUUGGAGGUGACAAACAAAAUUAAGGUAUCAACGGGAAAACCACUGAGCGAACCAUUGGCUAUUUUCUUUACAAUAGAAAUGUUAAAAAUUGUUGAGUACCUGCAUAAAUGCCAAAUAAUCCACGCAGAUAUAAAACCUGACAACUUUUUACUUAUGCAUAUGCCUCUUGAGGAUUAUAGACCAACUAUUCAAUUGAUAGAUUACGGUUGUAGUAUAGACAUGAGUCUAUUCCCUGAGGAUACUAAGUUUACUCAAGUUAUCAAAACAGAAGACUUCACAUGCAUCGAAAUGCAAACCGGAAAGCCCUGGACUUAUCAAACCGAUCUAUUUUGUCUAGCUGCUUCUAGUCACUGUCUUCUAUUCGGAAAUUACAUGAGGGUCUCGGUGAGCGGUAAAAAAUGGUAUAUUAAUUCCAAACUUCCUAGGUAUGCCAAGAAAGUUGUAUGGGAGCAAUACUUUACUGAAAUGCUGAACAUAGAGUCAUGUGAUAAAUUACCUAAUUUAGCAAAGCUGCGAAUCAUGAUGGAGGAAGCACUGGCCCAAAUGCCUGAGUUGCAAACGAAAUAUAGACAAUUUUCUAACAUCUUGAACAGUCGAUAACGCUUACUUCAAGCCGCUGUUUCUUACACAAACUAUUUUUACUAUGCGUUAGCCGUCUUGUUCAAAUAUUGUUCCGCGCAGUAAAAAUCAAUUCCUUCCUUUUAUAUUUCUUUUAAAGUUAAAAGAAUGAGUUGAUUCUUUAAUCGAGUUUUCGAAUAAUAUAUUGUACGGUUGUAUAAAUGCUUAUUUUUAAGUCAACUUAGCUAUUUUAGCUGGGUUAUUUAAAACUUUCGCAGUUCUAUACACUUACUUGUGAUUUCAUUGUAUACUAAGAGAUGAUAAUGAAAUAUUUUGGUGAAUACUUUAUUUUGGAGAACUAAGUACCGACCAAUAUGAAGAAAGAUUUUUAUUAAAAAUCUACGAAAGUUCCCAUUAAUAAGACUCAUCUAAGUGCUCUAAAUGUUUAGAAUCAAUGGUUAUGAAAAUACUAAUUUUACCUUACUGAAAGUUAUUUGAAAAUUCAGUAAUUAAAAAAUUAGCCAAUGUAGAAACCCUCAGCUUACUUUUUCUAAUAAAUCUUGGAAAUGCCAAAAUGUCCUAAAUUUCAACAAUCAAUUUGGAGAUGCAAUAAUAAUAUGGAUUUGUAUUUUAGAAACAAUGAAUACUUUACGAAUAUUUCGUUUUAAUUUUAUGGUAUUAUGAAAAAAAAGGGUGCUUAUAAGACAAGGGUAGGGCUUAUUCCGAUUUCAUUCGUUUAAAAGUAGCGAUAAUAUUUAUCAUCGGUGCAAAUGGAUUUUUUGAAAAAACAUGUAUGCCAAUAAAACGUUGAAUCGUUUCUUUAAAGAGUAAAAGUUAUGAAAUAUGAUAGAAAAAACGUCACUUCGCCCCUGAACCAUAAAAAGAUUAGAUCCAUUUUAAUAUGGCGUACUGAAAAACUAGCGUACAAAUGAGUUUCUCUAUAAAAUAAGCUAAGGUAUUAGAGAGUGAAUGUAAACUAAGGAACAUGGACAAAGAUUUCAAAUUUGUGUUAGGGGCGUUCAUUGUUAGAUUUUAUAAACCUUAUAAAACCGUACAGGAUCGUGUAAUUGUAAUUAUUAAUUGAACAUACGGUGGUUUGCGUGGGUGGCGAUGAAACGUCAAACGUGGUUUUUAUCAAGGUGUGCGUUGUAAUAAUGAGUGGAAGAGAAUAAUGCACGUUCAAUCUUUAUAUUAUCAAUAUGUAUACUUUGCCUUAUUAGAACGAUGCUGUGUAAAAAUUGAAUGAAUUGUACUAUUGAAACCAAUUAAAAAUAAAUAAGUAACUAUUGCUACUUGUGAAGUAAAGAACUUAUUUAUUUGACAGAUCUUUAAGUCUGAAUGCCAAAACGCAACGUGUAUAAUUUAUCGAAGUUUUAAAACAGGUAAACAAUAUUCCGCAAUGGCUUCUGACCUUUUUAAAAGUUAAUGUAUUUAGCCUUUGCUUAUCUAAAAACAUUAAAAUUACAUCAUUUUCUAAUAAUAAAAACAGAAAGAUACUUUUAAAAUUUAUACUUUUUAAUUUCCAUACCUUAAGUAUUAUAUUUGUUUAACAUUAGAUUAGAAAUUGAUUUCACUAAUUAAACUUUACAAAUAUAUUUGUAUUUAUAAUGAUUUUGAAUUGAACCUUCUUCAUAUGGAUAAAAAAUUUCCAUCUCUUUACAUGAUUAUUUUUACAUAACUUAAUAUCAAAGUUACUACUUUUUACAAUUAAAAUACGCAUGAGUACUUAAUUUUUUCCAACAAAUAAAAUCAUUUUCGUGAAAUGUUAUUUGUAUGUUUAACUAAAUUAAAAAUGAAUUUUAAAAUCUUCCUACAUACAUGAUUUCAUUUUCAAACAUUAUU